GUGAGAUAUUUCUGGAGUGAGCAUGUGUGAGCAGAGAGUGCUUGCAGCCGGGGUUUUCUCUGUCUCUCUGACUCUCGUCCUCCUCUGUGUGACUCUCUGUCUCAGGAUGGGUGAAGCAGGAGGAAACAAGCUGACCUCUGUCGACUUUGAGAUCUUCGGAGACGUUCAGGGGGUCUGUUUCAGAAUGUAUACGGAGAAGCAGGGUCUGUAUCUGGGUCUGGUGGGCUGGGUGAAGAACACCCACAGUGGGACGGUGGUGGGACAGGUGCAGGGUCCCGCUCACAAGGUGGAGGAUAUGAAGGUGUGGCUGAGUAAAGAAGGAAGUCCGAGCAGCCGCAUCACCAGAGCCUCCUUCUCCAACCAGAGAAGCAUCGACAAGCUGGAGCUCUCCGGCUUCAAGACGCGCUUCUGAUCAACGAAUCAAACGCACCCAAGAGAGAUUCUUCUCCUUUACUCAGAGCAGAAACACUGAACACUGCUUAGAGUGGGUUUAUUUAUAUAUAUAUUGACCAGAGAAUGUGCUAAAAGUUCAGAUUAUGAAGUAUAUCUAUUUCAAAAUGUAGACAUGAGAAUAAGUGCGGUGUACAGCCUUGUGUUAAUGCAACGGUUAAGUCAAGUUAUGGAAAAUAUUUUACCCUAAUGGUCAACCUCAAUUAAGUCAUGAUGUAUUUAUUAGAUUCUGAAUUUAUUUCUGCAAAUAAUAUCCCUGAAACUCCUUGAAUGUCUCAAUAAAGAAGUUGAAAUAUC